GUGUGUGUGUGUGUGUACGUGUGUGUGUGUUUGUGUGUGAUCUCAGUGCUAUGUCUCCGUCCUGGGUGAGCUCUAAUAAUAGAGGAGGCCGACUACUCCUUUAAGAGCCUACUUGUUGCAUACUCUACAAAAUAUAUUGUAACAAAAUGGUGAUCAAAGUAUUUCUCGCCACCUCAUCGGGAUCCACUGCGAUCAAGAAGAAGCAGCAAGAUGUGGUCGGCUUCCUGGAGGCUCUUAAAGUGGACUACACUCAGCUGGACAUCGCCUGCAAUGAGGAGAACCGCAUGUGGAUGAGGCAGAAUGUCCCUGAGGAAAAGAAGCCCGCCAACGGCAUCCCUCUGCCCCCUCAAAUCUUCAAUGAAGAAGGCUACUGUGGGGACUAUGAAACGUUCUUCGAUGCCAAGGAGGACAACUCGGUGUAUGCCUUCCUGGGGCUGCCCCCUCCUCCUGGGUCAAAGGAAGCAGAACAGGCCAACAAGGCAGACAUAGUGGAGAACGGGACCCACGCUGAGGAAACUAAUGCAGAGGGGAACCUCGAUGACUCAAUAGAGGUUCCAGUGGAGGAGCGCAAUGGGGUUGCACAUGAGGAGGAGGAGGAAGGUGAGGGUGGCGAGGAGGAGGAGGAGGAGGAGGAGGUAGCAGAAGGAGAUGAUGAAGCCGUGGAAGGAGAAACAGCAGGAGACGAGGCCCCCGCAGAAGAGGUGGAGGAGGUGGAGGAAGAAACAGACGAGGUCACACAGGAUACACAGGCCCACGCAGAGGAGGAAGAAGAACAGGAGGAAGAGGAUUUGCAGUCAGAGGAGGAAGAAGAGCUACGACAGCUUGAGGAAGAAGAAGAAGAAGAAGAAGACGUGGAAGAAACACAGGAGGAAGAGGCUGAGUAGUUGAAGACGAGCGACGUCACUGAUGCUGACUUGCUACUAUCCAGCCUGAAGGAGCCUCCUGUUACGUCCCCCCGACCCCUGAUGCUUGACCCCCUCCACCCCUCCCCAAGGCCACACUGGACGCCACUGGAAACUGUCGGUGUUGUGCUCAAAGGCGCCAUCCAAACUGAAAAGUCCUAACCCACAUUUGCCCCGGUCCCCUUUCCCUUUUGACUGCAAUGUUGACUUAAUUUUUAUAUUUUACGUUUAGAGGAGUACUGUAAUGAAAAUGCGCAGAGUAGCCUUAGUGGUGUCAGUUUGUUUUUAAUGAGUAGCUUUUGUAAAAUGCAAAACAGUUAUUUUGUUAAACUCAAACAUAUUUCUCAUGUUUUACUUUUAGAAAUUCUAGUUUUCUAACACAAAGAGGCAGUGACCUUUUCAAAAAGUAUUACCUUGGCAUACCUUUGCUUGUGGCCUACUUCAAAUUCAAAGGUUUUAACUCACUCUCUGUGUGUUCUGCUCUUUUGUCAGUAGUUCUUCCAAUAUUGUUCCUCAAUGACUCCUAUCAGCUGAAUUUAUUAAAGCAAACUAAGACUCCUAAUGGACACGUGAGAUAAAAAAAAUAUGCACUUACUGCAGAACUGCAAACGACUCCACCACCAAUACAUUUACUUCUGCCAAUACUGCUGUCUAAUCAAUGCACUUUGUUGAAUGAAGAGUGAAACAUGUGACUAAGACUUGGAUGCAAUGGGAAAUGCAUUAAAGUAAACUGGUGAAAACA